UUGUCAGGAAGCUGUGACUGACAAAACGAAACUCUCCCAACUUUAACAGGAAGAGUUUUCAACUUGUCUUUUAACAGUAACUGUCUUUAAAACAAAAACAAAAAACAUGCAAGGCAGCGCUUACGGAGCCUCGCUGGCCGGUGGGGCCUUUGACUUAGAGAGUUUUUUGAAACAGCCUCAAACUAUUUUGCGCUUCCUCAGCUGGAUAUUUUCCAUUGUUGUCUUUGCCACAAUCACAGCUGAAGGCUAUAUCAACCCUAUCACGCAAGCAAAUGGCAAGUGCAUGUUCAAUGACAAUGACAGCGCCUGCAGCUUUGGCGUAGGAAUCGGGAUCCUGGCGUUCUUGGCUUGUGUGGUUUUCCUGUUACUUGAUGCCUACUUCCCCCAAAUCAGCAAUGCCAAAGAGAGGAAAUACAUUGUUAUUGGAGACUUGGGCUUUUCAGCGUUUUGGACGUUCCUGUGGUUCAUUUGCUUCUGUGUCCUGGCCAACCAGUGGUCCAAAACUCCUGACAGGACUGCUGUUGCUGCUGACGCCGCCCGUGCUGUUGUGGCCUUCUCUUUCUUCUCAAUCAUCACCUGGGGUCUGCUGUCCUUCUUUGCUUAUCGAAGGUACCAAGAAGGCGUGACCGAUUUUAACGAGGAGUACAGAGAUCCAGCCAAUGACCACAGUUCUCCGUACCCAGCUGGUCCGUAUCCCAGCAGCGGCCCCACAGGAUACCAGCAGUCGCCUUUCUCCCACAGUUCGGAGAAUCCUGGAGAUUACCAGCCACCCGCUUACUGAGGGACUGACAUUCAAACCUGUGAAUCCAUCAGGGGAGUUUUCUUUUCCAGACAAAGAUGUGUGCCGACAGUUCAUUAACAAUUUGGACUGCUCUUCGCACUCCGAUUUUCCCUACUGCAGAAUGUUUUUGCAUAUUUUUGGGUGCACUGAUUUGUUUGUAGUUUCUUUUGUUGUUGCAUUGUUUGGUGGGUGUCUGUUGUGUGCUUCGAUCCAAACCCUGCUAAUAUUGUUGAAGUGAUUGAUUUGGUAAGAGCACGGACAGCUGUGCCAUGUUAUGUUGUAUUUCUACCAAAACAACUGUACUCAGUGCCCCUUUAAUUUAGUUUUAGUGCACUUUGAAACUUGUUAGUAUCAAGGCACUAAGGAGAAAAUAGGAUGUGGAUUUGCUUUAUAUCUUGAACAUUUGAGUUUUUUCAUGUGUUUGUUAUUGAAUAGUGCAUAAACAUAUUGUAAACUUCCUGAUAUGCUGCAGUUCAAUAAUUUAAUCUUAACAAUACAAACCAAAAAUGUCCUUUUACAUAUGACUAUGCCACAGGCUGAUGUUAUUUUAUCAGUGGAUGCAGUGAAAAUGUUCCCUGAGAAACUGCCGUAAUGGCAUCGUAUUCUUUAAAAUUUUUGUCUAAUCAACCACUGAAAAAUGUCUUUUGUGCACUUGAACAACAAUUCACUUCUUUAGGGUAGUUUAUUGUUAGAAUCCAAUCUAAUAUUGUUAAUUUUAUUGUCAAAUCUUAUACAGUUGAGUGUUUUUUAGGGGGGGUUAUUUUAAUUUAAGGUAGCAGAUCACGCCAAUUACACAGAUAUCAGCUACCUCUAAAAAAGUGCGUUCCUUUAUUUCAGUUACACAUUUUUGUUUUUAAAUGUCUCCACCACAGUUUGAAUGCAGGAUUUCAAUGAUUUUUGUGGAAAAUAUUUAUUAUUAUUACUUAAUCCUUUUGGCCCAGGUACACAUGACAAUCACACUGUAAUUGUUUCCUAAAUUGCCACUUUCUUGUGCUUUUCUUUUUCUCACACUGUGUUCAUUGCUUACUGUUGUACUCAAAAGCUUUACAGUAAAUCAAGUGCCUUAUACAGUGUUCUGUAUUACCAAGGUUUUGCCAAAUAAAACAUUCACAUUUAAA